AUGGAUAAGUUUCUUUGCUGGAAUGUCCGAGGGGCCAACAACACUCAAAAACAAAGAACUAUCAAGCAAUUCAUUCAAAAUCAGGGUGUUGGCUUUGUGGGGCUCCUUGAGACAAGGAUCAAGGUUCACAAAUUGGGGACCUUGUAUCUUAAUGUGUUUGAUGGAUGGUGUUUUUCAACAAAUAUUGCGUGGCAUCGUGGAGGAAGAAUUGUCAUUGCUUGGAAUCCGGUAAGAUACAUUGUAGAUAUUAUUAAAUGUACAAGUCAACUAAUUCAUUUAAAAAUUUCUACAAUGGAUCAUACCUUUAGUAGUUUUGCUACUAUCAUUUAUGCUUUCAAUGAUAAAAAUGGGAGAGAGAUGCUCUGGAAAGACUUGGCUGCUUUAGCAACCAAUGAUAAUUGGUUUUUAAUGGGAGACUUUAAUGAUAUUCUCUCAAAGGAGGAGAGAAUAGACCAUAAAGUCAAGUAUUAUCCAGACAUAGCUUUUGCGAAUUGUGUUGAGCAGUGUCAUUUGGAAGAUGUGAAGGCAACUGGGAACUUUUUCACAUGGCCGAAUAAACAACAGGGGCAAGAUAGAAUAUGGUCUAAAAUUGAUAGAGCCAUGGCUAAUCAAGCUUGGUUAGAUCAAUACCGAACAGCAGAGGCAAAUUUUAUGAAUGAAGGGACUUUUGAUCACUCUCCUUGUGUAUUGUCUUUGUAUCCAAAGAGAGCUGAGGGGAGGAAGCCAUUUCGUUACUUCAAAAUGUGGAGUAGUUACCCGAGCUUCAGAAGCAAAGUGUAUGAGAUGUGGAACAAGCGGGUAUAUGGGACUAAGAUGUACCAGGUGGUCUCUAAACUUAAAUCUCUUAAACCGGUCCUAAAAGAGAUUAACAAAGCUGGUGUUUCUGAUAUACAUACGACUGUACAGAGAGCUAAGGGUGAAUUAGAAAAUGUGCAACAACAACUACAGCAAGACCCUUUUGAUGUUGUGAAGAUUGAUAGAGAAAUAGCUGCUAGAGCUAAGUUAAUUCAAGUGCAGCAGGACUAUUCAGCCUUUUUACAGCAGAAGGCUAAGGUUACUUGGAUACAAAAUGGUGAUCUAAAUACUGCAAAUUUUCAUGCAAGUAUUAAGAAAAGGGCACGACACAAUCAGAUUUUCUCCAUAGAAAGCAAGAAUGGCACCAGAAUCAAUGAUCCAAAUCUGAUCUCUGCAGCCUUUGUUGAUUACUAUAAGGAUUUGCUGGGAACAAGCUUGACUAACAGAAGACCAGUGCUAAAGAAGCUUCUGAGCAGAGGUGCGGUUUUGUCCACACAACAAGCUGAGAACCUGAUGAUGCAAUUCACUAAAGAUGAGGUUAAAGCUGCACUAUUUGACAUUCCUUGGAAAACCCGGAUUGUUAUUCGAGUUUCUUUUUUCAAGAUUGCUGGGAGAUAG